AUGAUAAAUGGUAGAAAAAACAGAAGCGUCAAAACAAAAAAUUACAUUAUAAAUGUCAACUGCUACACGUGGAUUAACAACAGCCAUGGGCUGUUCGACUAUGAGAGCGAAAAUUUUUAUAAAAAAUGUUUUAAGAUAAAGUGCCUGUACAAUUACUACUACAUUUUGAAGGACGACAUUAACGUGGAAAUUAAAAAUGAAGAGGAAAUAAAUAAAAUGAUGUUAAAUAAUUCAAAUAUGAAAUUAAUAUGUAAAAUAAAGUAUAUAAAUAAUAAUUACCAGUUAAUACCUUGUAUUGAGAGCACGAACGACGGGUCCAGCACUGCCGGGGGGACCACAGUCGGCCAGCCGCAAGGAAGCAACAAUGUGCUCAACAAUGACAAUAACGAUGAGGCACAUGACGGCGGCGAUAACAAUGAACAUAACGGAGGCAAUAACAACGCAGGUGAUAGUAGCGGUAACAGUGGCCGUAACAGUGGCCGUAACAGUGGCCGUAACAGCGGCCGUAACAACAGCCGUAACAAUGGCCGCAACAACGGGCGCAACAACGCACCUGAAGAGGGUGACCAGGAGGACAGCGGAGGAAACGACGCAGACAACUUCUGGGUCAUCGUCAAGUACCUAAAGAACAAAAGCUCCAUACUACACGAAGAUGAUAUUAUAAAACUGGGCAGAGUUAAAUUAAAAAUAAAAAAAAUUAUCACCAAUGUGCAGCAAGAAAGGGAGUACAACAAAUCUUUGUCUCCCGUCGGCGAAGAUGAAUGCGAAACGGACACCCCAGAAAUGGUUGGCCCAGGGGGUAAUGGCCCUGGAGGAGUUCGCCACGGGAUACAGGGUUUAGGAAUGGAAAAUCCCACGGGAAGCAACGCCCUAAUUAAUAAAAACACCACUUCACACAACUGUGUAAGCGGAAGCAUCAACCCGCACAUUUGCCUCGGAAGUAACCAACUGCAGGAAGACGAAAAUGCGAGCAUUAAUUGUGGCGCAGUCAGUAACGGUAUGGAGGAUAGCUACAAUUUGUAUGACGAUGUGGACGAUGCUAGCGAUGCGGUAGAGGGGAGCGAGCUGCCCAGAGAAGGAGAUAAUAAAUUUCUUGGUAGAAGUAACAACGGUAAUAGCGGUGAAGCGAAUAAUAGACCACAAGAAAGUGAUCUCAAUUCAGCCACCAACAAUUCCUACGUGGAUGAUUUUUAUCUUUUUAAGGGGAACGUGUUGAAUGGGGGACGGAGAGGUACACAAAGUAAGAACGGGCAGAAUGAAGAAGACGUAGCAGUUGUCAGUGAAUCUCCAUUUGGUGGCGUGUUAAACCAACCCUCAAAGGGGAAAACGCAACCUGGAGAUGGGAGCCUUAGUGACAAACAAGGUAUGAAGGCCUCGCGUGGGAAAAAAAACGACAGUGGUGCGGUAGGUGAAAUGGACCACGAUGGUGGUGGUGGGACGAAUCCGAAAAGGGACAAACGCGAAGGGGAAGUAACUCAGACAAGGUAUUAUACCGGGGCAAAUGAACACAUAGCUUCGUCUAACUCAGAACAACCCCCUUAUGAUGCGCAUGGGGAUAAUUCAAACAAUUCAGUGCGUAGCCCUAAUGUAGGGAACCUAACAGGGGAAGUCAGUUCUAUACAUAGUAAAGCCAGUGGAAAUAAUAAUAGCCCUUCUGGAAAGUCGCCAAGAGAAAAAGGCGUCACCCUCAAUAGCAGUAACAACGUUGUAGGUUUUGUGGCUUGUAGUGAUGAAUUGGGAAAUAUAAAAGACAACCAAGAGGGAAGAAGUGGCAGUAAUAAGAAUGAUGAUUCGAUGAGACUGAUGCAGAAGAGAACCACAUGUAUGAGCAUAUCCUGUGGGAGUAAAGGAAAGGUCUCCUCCAUGACCGAUUGUCAAACGAGCCAAUCGAAAGAUCUGACUCAGCAAAAUAAAAGUGAAGGGGGGACGCCCAGCUUGUACAACUGUAGAAUAUGUCUGUGUGAAUAUGAAAAUGAAAAUAACCCAUUGAUAUCACCAUGUAAAUGUAAAGGUUCUAUGAAGUAUGUGCAUUUGAAUUGUAUAAGAACAUGGAUGAGAGGAAGAUUAAAUGUUAGAAGUGAGAGUUCUUCAUUCUCUUUCUUCUGGAAGCAACUAAAUUGUGAACUGUGUAAAUUUCCUUACCCAACUUACAUAUAUGCACAAAACAAAUAUUUGGAGUUGUAUGAAAUCCCCAAGCCAGAGCUUCCAUAUAUCAUUAUCGAAUUAAUGAAUGACAGGAACAAGGGGUUCUACAUUGUUAGUUUGGCUAACACCAAAUGUGUUCGUAUGGGUAGAGGCCAUGACACAGAUGUACGUGUAAAUGAUAUUUCCGUGUCCAGAUUCCAUGCCAUGAUUAAAUUUUAUAAUGGAAAUUUUUAUAUAGAAGAUUGUAAAAGUAAGUUUGGUACCCUCAUUCAGAUAAGGAAUCCAGUUUUUUUUAACAUUAGACGAAACAAAUUUAUAGCUCUACAAGUAGGAAGAACAGUUAUGUAUGUUUAUAUGAAGAGAAAAAAUUGGAUAUUUUUACCCAUUUGUUUGAAGCUUUCUAAAACGAAAGAUGAAGAUGUGAGCACCCUAGAUAAUUUUUCUUCAAAAUUGAUCAUGGAUAAUAAUAUGCAGUUGGAAAACAGCAACUUUGAAUACAACAGGGAUGGCGACGGGGAGGCCGCUAAUUACGAACGUGCAAAUGACGUGGUGGAUAAUACCGUAGUGGAUAAUUCUGUGGUGAAUGCAGGAGAUUCUGCUCCUGUAGAGGGGGAUGUUGGGCAGGAAGACAUGAAUGAAGCCAACACGCACAAUAACAGCAGUGCGCAGGAUUUGAACUUGGACAGCACGGGUAGCGUCGAAAACGCCACGCCCAGUGCGCCGCUCAACCGUGAUGACGCUGCGAAGACCGCCGACCCGUGCGAGAGUAGCGGUGCGGGUAACGGUGGGGGCAACGGCGGGGGCAACGGUAGCGCAAAUGAUCCGAGCAACAGCGCGGACAGCAGUGUGUCCCGGAACGUUAUGAAUGGAGGCGUCGCCCCCGGUUAUUAUUAA